AUGUCAUUGAAGAAAUCGACGACGUUCAGGAUUGGUAAUACGGCGAAUGGGAAUCACGAUGAUAGAGAAGAUAGCUCGAAUGGAGAAGAGGAAUAUGAGGUGCAUGAUUUGAGAGAGAGAAUAAAAUCAUCGAGGGGAAGCCGAUUCAAUUUGAUUGAGAACGAGUUCGAGCUCGAGCUGAAUCGCCGGAGAUUUAGCAGACAGACCGUCAUCAAUGGACUCAAAGAUCUUUCACAAGGCUUAGUCAUUCAUCCCGAUAACAGGAUCAAUUAUCUCUUUACAAGGAUAGUAAAACUUAUUGCUGUGGAACUCUAUUGCACGCAUACAGCAGCUUGCAUCUUCUACUAUCUAGCAACCACUCUGCCUGAGGAGAAGGAAGGAUACACAUGGAUUGGGAGUUUAAAACUGGGGGACGAUAGUUAUUCACACUUCAGAGAGCUUGAUCUAGGGAAGCGAUAUACAACUUCCUUAUAUUUUGCCAUUGUUACCAUGGCAACAGUUGGGUAUGGAGAUAUACAUGCAGUCAAUCCGAGAGAAAUGAUAUUCAUUAUGAUUUAUGUCUCUUUCGACAUGAUUCUUGGUGCAUACUUGAUCGGUAACAUGACAGCAUUGAUUGUCAAAGGAUCAAAGACAGAAAGAUAUAGGGAUAAAAUGACAGAUGUUAUUAAAUAUAUGAACAGAAAUAAACUCGGAAGGGACAUCCGUAAUCAAAUAAAAGGUCACUUGAGAUUACAAUAUGAAAGCAGCUACACUGAUGCUUCUGUUCUCCAAGAUAUCCCAAUCUCAAUUCGUGCCAAGAUAUCUGAGUCUUUAUAUAAGUCUUAUGUUGAAAAUGUUCCUCUAUUCAAGGGAUGCUCCUUGGAAUUCAUCAAUCAAAUUGUAACCAGGGUCCACGAGGAAUUUUUUUACCCAGGAGAAGUUAUAAUGGAACGAGGAAAUGUUGUGGAUCAACUCUAUUUUGUUUGUCAUGGUGUUCUGGAGGAGGUCGGCAUUGGGUCAGAUGGAUCAGAUGAAACAGUCUCACUUCUGGAGCCUAAUAGCCUAUUUGGAGAAAUUUCCAUUCUUUGCAACAUUCCUCAGCCAUAUACAGUUCGGGUUUGUGAAUUGUGUAGGCUCCUGCGGAUUGAUAGACAGUCUUUCUUCAAUAUUCUCGACAUAUAUUUUCAUGAUGGGCGAAAAAUAUUGACAAACUUAUUGGAGGGUAAGGAAUCUAAUCUUCGGGUGAAGCAACUGGAGUCAGAUAUCACCUUACAUAUCGACAAACAGGAGGCUGAGCUUGCUUUGAGGGUGAACAGUGCGGCUUAUCAAGGUGAUUUGUAUCAAUUGAAAGGUCUGGUUCGGGCAGGAGCUGAUCCCAACAAGAAAGAUUAUGAUGGAAGAUCGCCCUUGCAUCUUGCUGCAUCACGAGGUUACGAAGAUAUUGCUCUUUUUCUGAUACAAGAAGAUGUAGAUGUGAAUGCUGCAGAUAAUUUUGGAAAUACGCCCUUAUUUGAAGCAAUCAAGAGUGGACAUGACAGAGUUGCUGCGUUGCUUUCUAGAGAGGGGGCCUUGUUGAAGAUUGAGAAUUCUGGUAGUUUCUUAUGCACAUUGGUCGCAAGAGGAGAUACUGAUUUUCUCAGAAGACUUUUAUCCCAUGGCAUUGAUCCAAACUUCAAAGACUAUGAUCACCGAACCCCACUUCAUAUAGCUGCCACUCAAGGAUUAUAUUUGAUGGCGAAAUUAAUUUUGGAAGCGGGGGCAAGUGUUUUCUCAAGGGACAGAUGGGGAAACACCCCAAUAGACGAAGGGAAAAUGUGCGGAAACAAGAAUAUGAUUAGACUUCUGGAAGAAGCUAAAGCCGCCCAAUUAUCCAUGUUCCCUGAUUGCUCUCAAGAUGUCACAGAUAAAAUGCACCCAAAGAAGUGCACUGUGUUUCCUUUCCACCCAUGGGCUUCCAAGGAGAGUACAAAAUGUGGUAUCGUAAUGUGGAUUCCUCACAGCAUUGACGAGCUAAUCAAAACAGCAUCAGAGCAACUGGAAUUUCCACAUGGUUCAUGCAUAUUAUCAGAAGAUGGAGGAAAAAUUCUUGAGGUCGAUAUGAUAAGUGAUGGCCAAAAGUUGUAUUUGGUUAAUCAAACAAAUUAA